AUGACGCAAGGAAAAAGGAGUUAUGACAAAAAGAAAUCAUUCGGACGAGCUGAUUUUCCUCAAGGUUUCUUGUUUGGAACUGCUUCAUCGGCUUACCAAUAUGAAGGAGCUGUGAAAGAAGGUUCCCGAGGAGAAAGUAUGUGGGAUGCUUUUGCUCGCAAGUAUCCAGAAAGAAAUUGUCACUCUAACGCGGACGAGACAGUCGAUUUUUAUCAUCGUUACAAGGAGGAUAUUCAAAGAAUGAAGGAUAUUAACAUGGAUUCUUUCAGAUUCUCCAUCUCCUGGGUCCGAAUAUUACCUCAUGGCAAACUAAGCAAGGGAGUGAACAAGGAAGGAAUUAGAUUCUACAAUGAGCUCAUUGAUGAACUACUAGCCAAUGGAAUCACACCUCUUGCGACUUUGUUUCAUUGGGAUACUCCUCAAGCUCUAGAAGAAGAAUAUGGCGGGUUUCUUAGUGAAAAUAUUUCAGUGGAUUUUCGAGAUUUUGCUACCAUAUGCUUUGAGGAAUUUGGAGACCGAGUGAAACUAUGGUUGACGAUAAACGAACCAUGGGUCUAUAGCGUAGGUGGCUAUGAUGCCGGAAGAAAAGCACCAGGGCGUGCCUCAAAAUACAUGAAUGAUGCCGCCACAGCUGGAAAAUCUGGUCACGAGGCUUAUAUCGUUAGUCACAAUCUUCUUCUUGCUCAUGCAGAAGCCGUUGAAGCCUUCAGGAAUUGCCAUAAUUGUAAAGAUGGUAAGAUCGGUAUGGCGCAUUGUCCUUUAUGGUACGAGCCAUAUGAUGUAACUUGUGACGAAGAUAAAGAAGCAGCCGAGCGAGCUAUGGAGUUUAUGUUUGGAUGGCACAUGAAUCCUACGGUUUAUGGAGAUUAUCCUGAAGUGAUGAAGAAAAUAGUAGGAAAGAGAUUACCAUCUUUUACCGAAAGCCAAUCAAGAAAGUUAAAAGGAUCUUUUGACUUUAUUGGAAUUAACUAUUACAGCUCUGUUUACGCUAAAAACGUUGAUGAAGUGGAUCCCGAGAAGCCGUUCUGGAGAUCAGACCAACAUGUUGAGUGGAGAAAACAAAAUAAGGCGGGCAAGGCCAUCGGUGCACAGGGUGGAGUGGAGUGGAACUUGAUGUAUCCACAAGGACUACGAAAAGUUUUGAAUUACGCCAAGAAUAAAUAUGGAAACCCAAAAUUUAUAAUCACAGAAAAUGGACAUUGUGAUGCAUACGAAGAGAAGAAGCCAAAACUCUAUGAGUUAAUGGAUAUGAAGAGGACUGAGUAUCACAAGAAACAUAUUAGCAACGUUCACCAAGCCAUAUACGAGGAUGGAGUCCAAGUAGAUGGAUAUUUUGCGUGGUCAUUGUUGGAUAAUUGCGAAUGGAACUGCGGAUAUGAAAUACGGUAUGGAUUGUUCUACGUAGACUACGAGAAUGGGCUUAAGCGUUAUCCGAAAAUGUCAGCAAUGUGGUUCAAGGAGUUCCUGAAGGAAAAAGAUGGGGAUAAGGUGAAGAAAUCACAAUUGAAAAGGGUUAAGAUAUCAGAAUUCUGAAGUUUAACAAGUGUAAUGUAAUAAGGUUGAAAUGGCCAUUUG